CUCCUGUCAUGAGCUGGAACACACGGAAGUAGCUCAGAACUUGUCAACAAGAAAGGCCGACUGACAUGGCAAAGUCUUCCUGAUCACAACCUCCGAACAUGGCGCUCUGACAUUUCUUACUUUUUUCCCCUCCCCUUCUAAGUCUUAAGUUUUUUUUUUUUUUUUUUAAUAUAUAAUUUAAGAUAUUUUAUUGGAGCAGCAUUACCACAAUGACAGUCAGUUGCAGCCUCUGUGCCCUCCUAGUUGUCUCCGUAAUAGCAUGCAGCCGUUUUGCUCCUGCCCUCUGCUCUGCCCGCUGUGGGCAUUCCCUUCAGGUCUUAGACAAUAAAGUGGGAGAGAUCAGGAGUUCAGCUUACCACAGCUGGUCCUACCACUUUGGCCCAACCAAUGACUGCUGGAUCAUCAAGGGUUUGGAAGGGGAGCCCAUCAUCCUCAGCUUCUCUCAGUUUUCGGCACGGUGUAGGAAGGAAUGGGUGUCUAUAAAAUCAUCAGCUGGAGGCGAGCCAGUUGUCCUGUGUGGGUCCAAGUUGCCACAGCCCUUGGAAUUUCCAGGGGGAAAUAUUACAGUGAUGCACCACUUCCUCCCUCAUCUGUACCCGGUGUCAUCAUUUCGGUUGAGCUACGCCAGAGACUCGGGUGAAUGCCCAGAGACAUCUUUUGAAUGCCUCGGGGGUCGGUGCCUCCCACUGUCCUGGCGCUGUAAUGGGCAGGUGGAGUGUCUUGGCGAAGGCAAUGACCUGGGCACUGAUGAACAGGACUGUGAUGCAGAAUUAGACAACGACAAACCCCCAAAGUAUGACAACAUGCAGGAAAAGGAUGCUAAAACGGAGGCAUAUACAGAGAGGAACCGUGAUGGGGACCCAGAAAGACGUCAGGUUGAAUCGCCUGAGCAGUACUCGGAUCUCUGGUCGCUGGAGAAGGAGCAUACCCAGCUGGACCGAGAACAGUUUCAGACUCAUAAGGAGCUUGUAGUGACACCCACUCCCAUUGAGUGGCCUUGUGGAGGGCUUCUUCAGACCUUUUAUGGGACCUUCUCCCCUCCAACAUCUCCGAGUUCCCUUUCCUGUGUCUGGACUCUAGAUCCUCAGGACUCCAGGCCGCUGAGACUGGACCUGCGGCAGCUGGUUCUGGGGUCUGGGGAUAAACUCACUGUCUACAACAGAGAGCAAGGCAAAGGAGACAUUAUUAAAAUUAUCACCAGCACCUCGAAUUACAAAUUAGUCCAAGUUGAAUCUCAUACUGGCCUGCUGUCGUUGAGGUAUGAGAAAAUUUCUGACUCAACGGGGAUUGGUUUUAACGCCACAUUCCAUGUUGGGAGCUACUGCCCUCCGUGGGAAGGUCGGUGUGGGGGAGCAGCUGGAGGUUGCUUCACCCAGGAGCAACGCUGCGAUGGGAAAUGGGACUGUCCUGAAACUGGAAGGGACGAGGAGGGUUGCGGCGGCUGCAGUCCGAACCAGUUUCCCUGCGGACAGAGAGGAAUGGGACCCAGCAUCCGCAGACCGGUGUGUUACCCAGUGACGGAGAGAUGCAACUACCAGCUGAACUGUGCUGAUGGCAGCGACGAGAGGGACUGCACUGUGUGUCAGCCGGGGACCUUUCAUUGUGACAGUGACAGGUGUGUCUUUGAGAGCUGGCGCUGUGACGGUCAGGUGGACUGCAAAGACGGUACAGACGAGCUCAACUGCACCGUCAUCCUGCCCCGCAAGGUCAUCACCGCGGCAACGGUGGGAAGCCUGGUCUGUGGACUGCUACUGGUCAUUGCCAUGGGCUGCACAUGUAAACUCUACUCUCUCAGGACCAGGGAGUACAGCAUGUUUGCUCCAAUCAGCCGCCAGGAAGCAGAGCUGAUCCAGCAGCAGGCUCCUCCUUCUUACGGUCAGCUGAUUGCCCGCGGCAUCAUCCCCCCAGUGGAGGACUUCCCCACAGAAAACCCCAAUGAGACCUCGUCUCUUUCUCUGAGGGGAAUUCUCCAGCUCCUCCGUCAGGAUGCUGUCAACUCCCCACACCGCAGACGCAGGCCCCGAUUCGUUCGCCGGGCUGUUCGUCGCAUGAGGAGGUGGGGUCUAAUCCCCAGACCCCCCUCCAGGCCAACUCAGGCAUCAAGCUCCAGCCAGCAACAGUCGGACGCUGCUCCACCUGGUCAGGAACCAGCUCACUCCACGCCCACGAGCUCCUCGUUGGCUGUGGAGGCGGUCAACCAGCCGGUGCCUCAGAAACUCGGUUUGUUGGCUCAGUCAGAGCAGCAGCAGCAGCAACAGCAGCAGCAGCAACAGCAACAGCAGCAGGAGGAAGCAUCGGCUCUUUCACUACCCCCAUCACUUGUCGCCUCCCCACCUCCCCCUCCGUAUGCUCCCCCAGCUCCACCCCUGGCCGCUCCCCACACUCCUCCCGUUGCUGUACCGAGUAGCCCCUCUCUGGCCUCCAUCUUCCACACGCUAGGCCUGAGUAUCUCCCUCUUUAGAGCCUCACCCUCUUCUUCCUCCACCAACUCCAUGCCCCUCUCUGCCUCUCCUUCCUUCUCCUCCUCCUCGUCCUCCUCAGAUGACGAGGUGCUGCUUAUCCCCCUGUCUGAAGACACCACUUCAGAGGACGACGUGCCCAUGCUCACCUGAAUGACUUCCUCCUCACCCACCCAGUUUCCCUUCCCCACUACUUUUCUCUCCUUUAGUCACUGACGACAACUGAAACCCAGUCUUUCCACAUUUGUUUGAACUAAAGCACAGGAGUGGCCCACGGUGAGACUUAUCCUCUCUGUGCAAGUCUGGUGCCUUUUGAAAUUGCUUUGAGUUGGAUUUGUUGACAUAUGGAAUCAAGUAUUUUGACCAUUUUUUAAAAAAAAGACCUCCUAAAGAAAAUGUAGACGAAAGGCAUGGCUGAUGUAUGUUGGAGACGAAGUGUAGGUAAGUAUUGGAUGUGCACUUAAUUAAUGCUGGGCUGCACAUAGAAGGUAAACUUUUGCACAGAAGAAUCUUCCCUAUCCAGAUACUGAGGCAGGCUACUGUCUGAUUGAAUGCUCAGAGUUCUUAUGAUGGAAAUUAUUGUGUUUGUAUGACUGCAACUGUGUGAAUGCAAUUGCAUUUUAGUCUUACAUAGACAGUGGAGUAUGAUUGUAGAUGUGGAUUGUCUCCACAUACUUCUGCCACUUGCAUCCAGUCUCAUCUUGCAUCAGAAAAAUUACUGAAAAAAACCCCCCAACGUUUCCCCUAUUUAAGUGCCUUUUUAAGGAGUUUCCUCUAGACGGCUCAAGGAGAUUGAGAUAAUUCCUGGAUACACACUGCACACAGAAACACACAGAGGCUCAUAUUUUUGUCACAUCAUAGCACGCAUCAACACAUCAGUGGCUUUAUUGUACCAUAAAGAAUUGCAUGUCUACACUGCAAGCUGGCAAUAACGUUUUGGGGCCCCUGUUUUAGUGCACAUCGAUCGCAACACAACUGCGUGUUUAGGUAUGCACGCGUGUACCCUUCCCAACUGAAUGAAUGUAAUCUACAAAAGCAAACGUGUCAAAAGACAAUCUCUCUGGUGCCUGAUUUUCUGAUGUGUGUGAGUGUGUGGUAGUGUGUGUAGUGUGCACAGAAAGAUGAGGCGCCCUGGUGAUGAAAAGGGGGGCCCCAAAUUCACAAAAUAACCUCAACUCCUGACAGGACUCAAUCGCAUUCUGUCACAUUUUGACACAACAGACUUGUGGUGUGCCAUUUGUAUUAUUAUUAUUAUUGUACAUUUUAUUGUGUUUUUAUUUCAGCAAGUUGCAUAUCUUUUUUUUGUUUGUUUGUUUUCUCUUCAGUUGUUCCUUUUUUUUUGCUUUGUUGAAUGUAUUAGGGUCGAUGUGGAGUAGCCAGGAGUUCAAAAUUUGCAAAGUUAUGAGAUAAAUAAGAGAGAAAGUGAUUUUAUGAUUUUAUUAGGGUCAACUUCACUGUAUAUAAGUAAAAAUGUGGCUGAGAUUAAACGAUUUGCACUUUUA